GAUAGUGAGGAGGAGAAUGGACUAUAGAGGUUUAGAUGAACCUCUCCUCCCAAUGCCUUCCUUGGUAAUUGUCAGGUCCCUGUGCUCUCAACAGGACCUUACACGUGUUCGCGAUCAACUGAACCCGAUCAAUCAUGUGGAGGUGAAAUACUCAGAACUCAGUUCAGCUGAAUUAGAGCCGUGGUGUUUGUUGCAGUGCUGGAUGUGGUGUUGGUGUUUGCUGGUGUGCAGCGUGCGGUGCGUCUGGUGGUGUGUGAGGUUCAUGGGGCAAUGUCUAUGCCUCAGAUUCCACUGGCUGUUCAGCCGCUAUUGCGGGUUUAGAUACAUUGAUCUUAACAGCUGGAUGAAACAAGAAGCUCGGAAGUGUAGCUCAUUCCUGGGCAGUUUGUGGCAAAAGAAACUGUAUGUGUUCCACCACUCAGCUCUGCAAGGAAGAAUGAAUAUCACAGAUGUCUACGAUUCUUUGUACGACUAUAUUCUAAGAUACAUGUCAUGGAGAGUCGGUCGGAAAUCUAUCAUUUUCAUUGUGGAUAAUGUACAGGACGGCAAAACUGCACAGAACAACAUCAAAGUUGAACAGCCAACCUUAAGCCAAUGUUGCAAUAACAUUUUCAUCUUCCAGAACACUGAGGAGAAUGGAUGGAACCAACUCGAAGAUCACAGAUUAAAGAAAUAUCUCCAAGCAUACUUCAACACCAUUGAAGUAGCCAACGUGGAGUGAAGGCCAAAUGGAGCUCUCAAUGUUUGGCCUGCGACAGUCAGUGAACACCAGAAGCAAUCUUAUUCUGGUUUCAGUUUCUCUGCUAUGAGCUUUGUUUUCCAAUGUCUUUUAUUAUCAGAAUACCAGUAGUGCCAUAGCUCUGAGAUGCCGU